AUGGAGAUUUUGAAGCAGCUUCACAUCAACAAACCAUUUAUUGAUGCAUUUCAACAAAUACUAAACUACUCCAAAUUCGGGAAUUUUGUUCUUACAAAAAGGAAGAGAGUGGGAGAAUUUGCCACUAUGGCACUCACUCAUGAGUGCAAUCAAUUUGUUCAAGGAAAACUCCCGCAUAAGAUAAAGGAUCCUAGAAGCUUUACUAUACCAUGCAAUAUUGGAGAGUCUUUUUGUGGUAGACAAUUGUGUGAUAUUGGGCCAAGUAUUAACCUUAUUCACUUAUUCAUCUUCAAAAAGUUAGGAAUUCGAGCUGCUAGACAAACCACCAUCACACUUCAGUUAGUUGAUCAAAGUAUUUCUUACUCACAAGAGAAGAUUGAAGAUGUAUUGGUGAAGGUUGAUAAGUUUAUAUUCCAUGCAUACUUCAUUAUUAUGGAUUUUUGUGCUGACGAGGAAACUCCCAUCCUAUUGGGAAGAUCUUUUCUUGCCACAUGA